AUGUUCUCGUCCUUGUUAGCUUGCGCUUUGCCUUCGCAGAGCGGACACGCGACUGCCUUGCGACCCGCCGCGUCCGCGUUGUCUAGAAAGUUCUUCUCGUGCUCAUCGAUGGGCGUGCGCCAGAACCCCUGGACGCCGACGAAGCGCCGCGGACCGAUCGCCGCGGAGGCGGCCAGCCCGGGGCCCGCGGUGGUCUCCCUGCCGUCGCUGAUAGGUAAACCGCCGCCCGAAUCGCGAAAACCGAGAGCGCCCGCUUUCACCUUUGGCCAGAAGUUGGAUCCCUCCGGCAAGUCCAACGCUGGACCAGGUCCCGCCACCUACAACACCGAGGGGAUGACCGCCAAGGCGUCGAUACAUAAUAGACACGGGGAUGCAGGGCGGGCCACUGGGCCUGCGGCGUCGUUGCACGGCCGCUGGCCUCACCCCCGCGUCGCGCUCACCCCCGCGCCCUGCGACUAUGAGCCCAGCAAGGCCGCUAGGGCGGUGCUCGACCACGCGCCGGCAUUCUCCAUCGGCCUACGUGUCAAUCCACCGCAGCCCGGGAGCCAGACGCCAGCGCCAAACAUAUACUCCAUGCCACCGGUGCUCGGAGAAGCUAAAGAGGGUAGUAAACGCGCGGCCCCAGCCUUCAGUAUAACUGGACGUGGCAAAGCGUUCGAGAGCAAAUCGCCGAUACCAGGACCUGGUACUUACACCACAGACAAGGCCGCAUCGGCGCUCACGAAGAGACCACCGGCGUACACGAUGGCACCAAGGAGGGAAGUGAAGCCCCCGUCAGCUACUGUUCCCGGCCCAGGGGUCUACUGUCCCGAAAAGGCUGAUGCGAUUCUGCGUGAAAAAUCUCCAAAGUACAGUCUAUCUAGCAGAAUGAAAAUCGAGAAAAUAGAACGUGUCCCAGCUCCAAACGCGUACAACCCGGAGAAGGCUGACAGGAUAUUAAGAGAAAAAUCGCCAGCUUUCUCAUUCAGGACCAAGACUGAUAUUGUCAAAGUUCACAACGCCCCAGCGCCAAACGUUUAUUCACCGGAGAAGUCGCUUAACGCGCUGAAGAGCGGACCCAAGUACACGCUAGCGGGGAAAGGGGCCGCCGAGAAACACGAGGUGACCCCAGCACCCAAUUCGUACAACCCCCAAAAGGCCGACAAGAUAUUACACGAGAGUUCGCCGUCGUACACGAUGCGCUCAAAGGAGGUCAUCGAAAAGAUCGAGCAAACCCCCGCGCCCAACGUCUAUGCCCCCGAGAGGUCUAUCCACAUGCUCAACGGCGGACCAAAGUUCAGCAUGUCAGGCAAAACGGAGUGCUCGAAAGUUAUCGACACGCCAGCGCCGAACACUUACAACCCAGAGAAAGCAGACAAGGUGUUGCACGAAGCGUCGCCCGCUUACAGCUUCAGGAUUAAAGAGCAGAGUGUUUUAAGAAGCGAAUCACCAGCGCCUAACGCGUAUGCACCGGAGAGAUCGUUGCACAUGCUGGACAGCGCGCCAAAGUUCACAAUAUCCGGCAAAGGACAAACCAGCAAAGUCGACGAUACUCCCGGGCCGAAUGUAUAUUGUCCUGAUAAAGCUGACAAGCUUUUACACGAGUCAUCGCCAUCAUAUUCAUUCAGAAUGAAAGAUCAAGUAAUGAAGACUGAUAAUGUACCUGCGCCUAAUGCGUACGAGCCCGAGAAAUCUGCAAAUAUGUAUCACAGCUCACCAAAAUUUACAAUGGGUGGAAAAGGACACGAUCCUAAAUUUGAUGAUGUACCUGCACCAAAUACCUAUAGCUUGGAUAAGGUAGAUAGACUUCUUUAUGAAUCGUCGCCGGCUUAUACCUUUAGGCCGAGGAACUCUUCUGAAAAACCAAGCGAUACCCCAGCACCGAACGUAUAUGACCCUCAUUACCUCGAUGGGACCCCAAAGUUUAGCCUUUAUGGCAAAGGGCCCGAUUCCAAACCACUUGAUACUCCUGGACCAAAUGCUUAUAACCCUCAUUUGUUAGAUGGGGCUCCGAAAUAUACUAUAUCAGGAAGAGGCGCAUCGCCAAAGCCAUCUGAUGUUCCAGCACCUAAUGCGUAUAAUCCCCUUUUGCUUGAUAAUACGCCGAAAUACACGUUAUCUGGACGCACGCCUGAUGGUAAACCGGUAGAAACACCCGGUCCAUGCAGCUAUGACCCUCAUAUUGCCAGCAACUCUCCUAGUUAUACGAUGUCCGGUAGGGGCACAGACGAUAAACCAUCAGACACACCGGGACCCAACAGCUAUGAUCCGAAUCUACCAACCAGCACUCCAAAAUACACAAUUUCUGGAAAGGGGCAUCCACAAAAAAUCAUCGAUACACCAGCUCCAAACAGCUACUCGCCAGAAAAGGCCACCAAUUUAACAUCAGAGCAUUCUCCCGCAUACACGUUUAGACGCAAGCACAAUCUUCCCAAGUCUAUGGACACGCCAGCGCCGAAUUCAUACGAUCCGAGCAAGUACGUGCACAUAUUGGACGGUGUGCCUAAAUAUUCGUUUGGUACAAAACCCCCGGCGGACAAGCCCUCGACCAAUCCAGCUCCGAACGCUUACAGUCCGGAGAGAGCGGACAAAAUGCUCCACGACAGCUCCCCGUCAUACACAUUCCGUCCGAGGAUCGAGAAUAAGAUGACCAACGAAACGCCGGCGCCGAACGUAUACAAUCCAGAUAGAGCAGACAAAAUUCUUUUGGAUAACGCUCCACGUUAUUCAUUUAGAAUUAAGACAAAUCCUCACAAGCCUGACAACGUUCCGGCCCCCAACUCUUACAAUCCAGACAAAGCCGACAAGGUUUUGAUGCACAGCUCACCGCAAUAUACGUUUAGGAUUAAAUCGGACACGAUGAAAGUUCUCGAUACACCUGCGCCGAAUUCUUACAACAUCCCCACGCCCGUCAAAACGCCCCUCUACACGAUAUCCGGCAGGCAUAAGGAGCCAAUAGACGAACGUCUAAAAGUCCCCGCACCUGGCUCCUACAAUCCAGAGAAGGGCUACAAAUUCGUUUUAACUUAUUCGCCGCAAUACACAUUUGGCAUAAAAAUUCAGACGGACAAAUACGCCGACUCGCCUGCUCCUAACACGUACCGAAUUCCAUCCGUUUUGGAGACUCCCGUGUACACGUUUUCCGGACGCCACAAGGUUCCUGUCGAUGAUCGCUCUAGAGUACCAGCGCCUGGCACCUACUCCCCCGAAAAGGUGCAACUUAGCAAACCACCGCAGAUAACGUUCGGGAUCAAGCAUUCCCCGUUGCUGGGUCAACUCAAGCCGAUUCAGCAGCAACAGACCGUCGAAAGGGACACCAGGACACCCGUCGUUAAGGACACACAGAGAUACGCCGCACCGGCGAGACGGCAGGACACUCAAGCGGUUCACAACGGCAACAUCGAGACCAACGAAAUUCUGACGAACAACGUGUCGAGGCAACUAUUCACCGACGAAACGAACGAAACGACGAACCGCACCCACCUGACGCACGUGCGAUCGCCGAGCGACCUGCGAAGCGCCACCGCCACCCCCGAGCCGGUCCAGGAGACACUGACCCAGGAGAUUGUGUGGGUGCCGGAGAAGCAGAUCCGCCGCGGCUCCUACACCAUAGACGACAACGGGGCCGUGGACAAAUACGAGAGGCGGGAGACCGUCGCGAUAGACGGCGGGGUGGCGCGUCUGCACGAGGCCGGGGAGAGGGGCGGCUCGAGCGUGGUCAAGGGGAACAGAGAGGUGACAGAGGGGGAGGGAUACACGCGCGUGACCGACAGCCUGGCGAGCAACAGCACCGCCUUCGACAAGAAACACUCCAACACGGAGAGCGUGCAGACGGACACGGACGUGAAGCAUCUGCCGAACGGCGGCGUGGCAACUACCACCACCACGAAGACGGUCCGGAAGGUCGGCACCGCGGCCACGACGGCGAACUCCACCACCAACGUGACCAGAAGCAAUGUCGUGGUCACGUCCAGAGACGUCGGCGCGAAG